UGCACAGAAAACUUACUUGCACGUAAGCAGCCAGACCAAAAAACAGAGACAUUAAAAAAUUGCAGAACCUCCAAAGUCUUUGCCGAUAUUCAGUACAUAGGAAAGAGUGGUGCUUUAAACUGUGUCUUGAGUCACAGCUCAGAUUACUAUCUGCUCUCUCCAUAUCUUCACAGAUGCCUCAGGGUAUUCAGUGGGAAAAGACACAGAGCAACACGCUGCUGCUGUAAGAUGCAGGUUGUGUCCCUGUUCCUUGCUAGUACAACCAAUUGUAGACAAACUUCCUGUACUGGUAAGAAAACUCCCCCAAGAGUCACAGAGGCAGAGAAUGCAGUAAAUAAAGGAAUGGACGAAACUUCAAAACCGCUAUUUACUUUUGGCAUCAUUGCUGAUAUCCAGUAUGCCGACAUAGAUGACAGAUACAAUUACGUCAAGACCAGGAUGAGAUAUUACAGGAACAGUAUUUCUCUGCUCCAAAAAGCAACUGGACAAUGGGCCUCAGAAACGGUCAAGCCUACAUUCAUCCUGCAGCUGGGAGACAUCAUAGACGGCUUCAAUGUUCAGUAUAACGCAACUGAAACUUCACUGACAAAAGUCCUGACCGAGAUUGAAAAACUGAAAAUCCCGGUCCACCAUAUUUGGGGGAAUCACGAAUUCUACAACUUCAGUAGGAAGCAACUAUUGGAGUCAAAACUGAACAGUAUGCCACUGAAGGAUGCGUUGACGACCUCUCCAGAAAACAGUGAUCACCUGGACUCCUUUUAUGCUUAUCAUUUCAGUCCUUUUCCUAAAUUUCGAUUACUUUUAAUUGACUCGUUUGACUUCAGUGUCAUUGGGAGAGAUCCAUCAAGUCACAAACAUGUAAAGUCUUUAAAGCUUCUGAAGCAGAAGAAUCCAAAUAAGGAUAUGAACAGUUCAGAAGGUCUUGAUGAAGCUCAAUUUGUACUGUUUAAUGGUGGAAUAAGUCCCAGCCAAUUAAACUGGAUUAACAGUGUUCUGGAGUCCUCAGAUAAAAGUGAUGAGAAAGUGAUUGUUUCAGGUCAUCUUCCAAUCCACCCAGACUCCACAGACCUAAUGUGCCUGACAUGGAACUACGAGGAGGUCCUGGCUGUUCUACAGUCACACCCAUGCGUUGUGGCCUACUUUGCUGGACAUGACCACAAAGGCGGUUACUGCCAGGACUCUUGCGGAAUCCACCACUUAACACUCAAUGGCAUCAUUGAAACCCCACCAGACAGCCAGGCUAUAGGCACCAUGUAUAUGUACGAAGAUAAAAUGGUCCUGAGAGGCACAGGUCUUGUUCCAAGCUUAACUUUAUCCUAUAGGAAAAGCUAAAAGAGAAUCAGCACAUUGAAAACAUACAGUAUGUAUAAAUUCUGUUUUUUCUUACAUCCAAUCUGAGGGACACUGCUCACCAUGGGGCGUUCUAAAACUGCCCCUGUGUACAGAAUGUACACCUGAUGUAUGGUCGCUUUUUAACUGUAGAAACAAUAAGCCGGGAGGCUAAUUGGUAUAACUACCAGCCCUUGUGCAUAUUCCCCUCAGAGAGGGUUCUUAAUCCCAGGCUCCUGCCAGCAUGCUGUGGUGACUGGCAGGGACGGUGGGAGUCAGACACAGUGCAAAAACCCCGCCUGUCCUCCCUUUUGGUUCCUUCUAUUUAAACUUCUGUCGUGAACCAGAGGGGGAGACCGCUGCAUACCUCAACUCAAUCACUGUGAGAGAAGUGGGGCUGCGCUGUGGAGGCCUGCCAUGGGUCUCGGGUAUGCUGGGGGUCCGAGAUCAGCUGCAUCUCCCAGGAGUUGCCUGAUCAAAAGAAAACACAAGACCUGCACCAAGCCAGGCACCCAGAGAAAAGGGGAGCAGUUGCGGUGGCCUAGAGUACAUAGCGCUCAUAGCUAGCCCACUUCACUUAGGUUCUUAUAAAGAACUCACAAUACAAGAAGAAACGGCAGAACUUUAGCAUAAAAAUAAAGCUCAAAAAGCUGCUCCUGCAGCAAGCCGAUGGUGGUGUCUAGGUCACAAACAAGUGUAGUUUUAUGUGCCGACUCCUCACGGCGCCCACUACACCACAUGGGGAGCAGUGUCUCCCAGAUUUGAUGUAAGAGAAAGAAUGUUUUACAAUGAAAAUUACCGUUUUCUGGGAGUGUUUGGAAAAACGCAGGUGUGUCCAGGCGUUUGCAGGGCGGGUACCUGACGUGACUUACGGGACCUUUGUCGCUGCAAUCAUCGCACAGAAUAAGUAACUACAGGGCUGGUCUUGUUUUGCACAAAAUGUUUUUGUACCGCUCGGCUGCACAGGCAUUCGCACUCUUGCAGAGCGAAAAUACACUCCCCUGUGGGCGGCGACUAUGCGUUUGCACAGCUGCUAAAAGUAGCUAGCGAGCGAUCAACUCUGAAUGACCCCCUAAACCACUUAGAAGAGCUACAGCAUUACUAUACAGCAGCCGUUGUCCAUUAUAUGUAUGGACACUGGAGAACAGGCUUAGUUUGGCAUCCUCAUUUUGGGAGCCAAAACAUAUUAGGGCUAAAUCCUUACAAGAGAAUUAUUGUAGUUAAAACCUAAAGCAUUAUAAUUUGUAAUUUAUGUUUUUCCCAUAUUGUCACCCUGCCAAUUUUAGUCACUGGUUUUCAGGUAGUGAUUCAGAGGUGGACGCUAAUCGUGUUGCUGUUAUAUCUUCGUAUGCAGCGGAUCUCAGAAAAUAUGCAAAUGUCACAGAUGCCGUCUUUUGAGUCACCCACCGCCGUCGUCUCAGAUCUGCUGCUUGCAUACAAAGACGCACAUCGGCCACACCAUAAGACCUCUGAGUAACCCUACGGUUGCUCAAUGCCUUUCAAGACGUCAGGACAAGAACUACUGUGUAAUAAGAGGCAGUCACUGGCUGUGAGGCCUCGGAAACAGUUGCAAUAUGCCUCGGUUUGAGCCGCCUAACCCCCUGUUACCUCUCACAAAUGGUCUCUAUAUGUCUUCCACUCUGCAUCCUAACGAGCGCCGUUACAAGACCAUCGCCGUACAUACACAGUAGCAAAAACAUCAGCCAACUGUGCAAACAUUGGUUUUGCAUCCACCUCUGAUUCUGGCCCUGUCCAUAACUGCUGAUCCGCCAGAGAAUCCUACCUGUAAGUAGUACUUAGGUUCUUGUAGUUGGGCCAGCUUUCAAAGUCAUAGAGGUUUAGUAGUGCAAGCUGUCCAUGCAGGCCCCAUGCAAGACACUAGGCAUUGAAACAUAAUUCACUUUUAAGGGCCUAGUUCAGAUGAGAUUACAUAUGCCGCAAAGUGCUAAUGUUUGGUACUCUGCACAUGCAUUGGACCCAUGCAGUACGAGUUCUGAGACAUCGGUUGCACUACGGCAUAAGGCUGUCAGUGACUGACAGUCUGAUGCCAUUUGGUGGCGGCGACGGUCUCCAUUUCUCCAAAUGGCUGAUGGUGCUGGGGAGAUCCGAUACUGCACCCUUGGACACAGUAUGGAUCAGUAAUACAGGCGUGACGCCUCAUGCUGCAUUACCAUGUUAGAGCAAUUGCUGCUGCUUCUAGCGAUAGCUACAGAUGGAGCCUCCAUUAUCUUUGCUGGCUGAGGCGCAGGCGUGCACUCCCGGCAUGACUAGGCGAUCCGUCUGCCUAGUCACGCCGGGGGUGCACAGAGCCGCUUCCCAUUGUAAGCGUCCCUGUCUAGGCACCCGCCCGGACAGAAGCGCUCUCCAUUCAAGUGAAUGGGGAGCGUCUCUGUCCGGGCACGCACGCCCGUCCAGCAGAGACGUUCAGAGUGACUAGGAGUGCUCAGGCAGGCGCGCCUAGUCACAGACAGAGCAAAGAUACCGGAGGCUCCAUCUGUACUCCAACCACAUCUGAAUCAGGCCCUAGGUGCUAAGGAGAAAAAUUUGGAAAGCUUAGGACAUACUCCAUAACAUUUUAAUAAAUUCCUUCCAGUACCCUUUCCAUUCAGCACACUCCCAGCUUUCUCUGCACUAAUUACAUAGGGGGUCAUUCAGACCCGAUCGCACACUGCAGUUUUUUGGAGCCGUGCGACCGGGUCUGAACAGCGCAUGCGUGGGGGCCGCAAUGCGCAGGCGCAUUGCUGCCCAAAUCAACUAAGAAAACGUUUGCAGCAUGUUGAUGCGAACGCAGGCGUGUCCGCCCGUUUCCAGGGAGGGAUCCUGAUGUCUGCACCGUCCUGGUUCAUCGCAGCGGGUGAGCUGUGCAGAGACUGCACAAACAUUUUGUUUGUGCAGCUCUCUGCACAAGCGUUUGCAGUCCUGCACAGCGAAUCCCCCCUCCCCUGUGGGCGGCGAUUACCUGGUCGAAGCAGUGAAAAAAUAGCCUGCGUGCGACCAGGUCUGAAUUCGGACCAUAAAUAAAAAGAUUAAGGAGGAAUAAGAAUGAGUUGAGAUCAAAGAAGAAAAGAGCAUUUAGAUUUGGGAGUCCAAAUUGCAGGGUAAAAAGAAAUCUGUCCAGUAUUUGUGGGCUACAUGCAAAAGCAGACAGUAUUUUCCCUGCAGGGGAAAAAAAUGAAAAAAAGAAUUGCACUUAUUGCAGUGCAACAUGAGGCCUAAUUCUGACCCUGUCGAUUUUUGCACAUCUGCGCAUGCGUGUACGCCGGUACGCGCAUUUGCAAGGUCCUCAGAACGCAGUUUAAGAUGUGGAGGGGGGCGGGAAUGGGGUGUCGAUGCCGCUUUUUGCGGGCUUCGGCAGCCCUUUAAGGGGCGUGGUCUGGACAACGGAGGCGUGUCCAGACCAUUGCUGGGGUGGGUCGUGGCAGCUGCUUGACGUCACAUGCAGUCGCUGUGACCCAUAUCAUGGCGGGUAGCUGUUUGCCUUUGCAGCUAGGCUGCGUAGGCAGAGGCUACACGAAACAUGCGAAAGCAGCAUCGCUGUGUGAUGCGUUCACAUGUCUGUAAGGGGGGGGGGGGGGGAGUCUGGAUCCGGCAUGUGACCGGACUUGCCAGGUGCUGGGUGUCCUCCGCAUGUCAAAGAAUUUGCGUUUUUUUGCACAUCUAUGAUCAGGUCUGAAUUAGGCCCAUGGCACAGUCACUUGCUUUCUUCACUCUCCAAAUCAGAAUCAGCCCUAUAUGUGUGUGCCCUAUAAGUGUGUGUACCCAAAGCACAGAAGUACAGUAGAUCAACAACAGAAUGGCUUCAACAGAAGAAAAUACGCACAGCCAGAGUCCUGACCUCAACGCGAUUGAGAUUCUGUGGCAUGUCCUCAAGAGAGCAAUUCACACCAGACAACCAGAAUAUUGCUGAACUGAAACAGUUUUGUAAAGAGGAAUGGUCCAAAAUUCCCCCUGACCGUUGUGCAGGUCUGAUAUGCAACUAUAGGAAACGUUUGGUUUAGGUUUUUGCUGCCAAAGGAGGGUCAACCAGUUAUUAAAUCCAAGGGUUCACAUACUUUGUCCACCCUGCACUGUGAAUGUUUACAUGGUGUGUUCAAUAAAAACAUGAGAACCUAUAA